AGGCCCCACUUCUUGCGCAAGCAAAUAACCUAAAACCCUCCCAUUAUAAAGGUAUAAAUCCUCAACAUUCCGCAAUCACAUUUCAAUAUAAAAUUCUCUAAUCCAAGAGAAUAAGAACAUUAGAAAUUAUGGCCAAGUCGAAUUCCUUGAAAUCUGCCGCGAUCGUGCUCGGAGGCUUGGCUUUCGGAUGGCUAGCCAUAGAGAUGGCUUUGAAGCCGUGGCUCGACAAGGCCCGAGCCGCCAUCAACAACUCUGAUCCAACUCACGAUCCAGAUGAUGAUGACGCCGCCGACAAGUCACCGCCCGAGGUCAGUGCCUCCGAUGUUAAGCAAAGUGAUUCACACGAGGCUUGAUGUAGCAAAUAACACUUUUUAUUUUUUCUAGAACAAUUUCAAAUCAAUUAUGCUCGUUAAACUUUGAAGUGGAUUUAUGAAAACAAAGUUUUAUGGUUAAUCCCAAAUAAUUACUGCUUCUUAGGUAUCAUAGUGAAGAUAAGAAUCCAACACUCCUUUUUCCAGCUAAUUAAUUUGUACAGAGAUGAUUAUGAUGAUUCGAAUAACUAUAUACUUUACUUCCCGUUCG